AUGCAGUUGGGUGACGUCGAAAGGCGCUACCCUCUGAAUGACCAUGCCAGGGCACUACUUGACAUUGGUCAUAAGUUUCGAGAGUCGAUCAAGAAUGAUAUUUCGACUGAUGAGGAGAACAUGCGUACUAGCUCAUAUGUGGAUUAUGACUCUGAGGAUGAGAUAGACCCCGCACAGAUCGUGCCUCUUCGUAGAGCUAACACACAGAAUGCUAAUGUACGCAAUGCUAACACAGUUCCUCCAGUUUCAAACCAUGAUGUUACGAAUGCAGAAUUUCAUAAUGUGAUCCAACUCUUGGCUCAGAGUGUGGCCAAUCAAAAUAAUCAGUUCUUCUCGAGAGCGGUGAGGGAGGCUAAAGAUCAGGAGUUUAUGAACUUGAAACAGAGUUCAAUAUCGGUCCAACAGUAUAGACUGAAGUUCACUGAGCUCUCCAAGUAUGCUCCACACAUGGUUGCCGAUCUAAGGGCGCAGAUGAGUAAGUUUUUAUUUGGGGUCGAUGGAGAUAAACUUAGGGAAACAACUAAGGACAACAAAAAGGCUAGAACAGGUAACUAUGAGUACUCUCAGCAAAAGUCGGGUAGUGGAAGUCGCUCGCAGUUUCAGCAGAAAUCUACAGCCCCAGCACCUUCAUCAGCUAGUGCUCCAUCUCCCAGGCUUCGACAGGAUCAAAAGGGUAGGGCAUCAGGCUCUAAGUCACAGGAGAGUGCUUCAGGUAAUCAGACUUUUCCAACUUGCCCGAAGUGUGGUAAGAACCAUCCGGAUGAGUGUCUUGCUGGCAUAGAAGCUCAGUCUACAGCUCUAGCAGCACCAGCAGGUCGCCCAACUCAACAAAGUGUUUCAUCUGGUACACAAGUGGUGAUCAGUGCCAGAACAUGUUAUUCAGGGGCUACACUGUCUUGUGUAACUCCCUAUAUAGCAGUUAACUUCAGUGUCAGUCUAAAAACUCUCUCAGAACCCUUCUCAGUCUCUACUCCAGUUGGUGGCCCAGUUAUAGCUCCACCGGUAUACAAAAAUUGCCCUGUCACAGUCUCUCAUAAAGUCACCUCAGCAAGAAGGAUGAUCUCUAAAGGGUAUAUCUAUCAUCUUGUUCGAGUUAAGGAUUCAAACUUUGAAACCCCAACUCUCGAGUCAGUCCUAGUAGUAAAGGGGUUUCUAGAAGUGUUCUCUGAAGAUCUUCCCGAAGUUACUCCAGAAAAGGAAAUUGACUUCGGAAUUGAUCUCCUUCUAAAGACCCAACCUAUUUAG